AUUCUGACGGGGACACGGCAAAAAGAAGACCAAGUUUUCUGCUAGUUCAUGCAAAUGGUGAAUCAUUCACUGGGAAAGAAGAUGCAUCAGAUUCAGACGACAAGAACAGGCGAUGUCUUCUUCUUGCAGAGAAUCAAAAGAUUCAUAAUCUCUUUCAUCUGUUGUUUGCCCGUUUCUCUUCUUGGCCUUCUCCUCCUCCUCCUCCUAAUCUACAACAGCUUCUCUGUUUUCUCUGUCCAUAUUCAUGAUCCUUCCGAUGCCGUCGUUGAACAAGAACCCUUCUCGUUACCGAAUCCUGAUCUUGUUCAUGAACAGCUCGUGAAGAACACAUCUUCGAUGUUGCUUGCGGUGAAAGAGACCAACCCGCCUGCAGUUUUGAAGGCAGAUUUACAUGUAAUACCGAAACUGAACAUUUCAUCGGUUAGAACGGGGAGAAGGGUCAGGAAGAAGUUCUUACUGAUUUCACCGGGUGGACGUAAAUCUCGCGGAUUCGGAAGGAAGGUGAAGGCUUUCCUGUCCAAAUCCUUGUGCCAGUCGUUGUUCUUCAUGACUUGGAUAUCUUCCAUUGGCUCUUUCGGAGAACGAGAGAUGUUUGCGAUAGAGAGCUUGUUCAAAUCCCACCCGAAUAGCUGCUUGAUCUUGGUUUCGAAUUCUCUAGACUGCGAAAGAGGGAGCAAAAUCUUGAAACCCUUUUCGGAUAAAGGACUGAGAGUCAUUGCAGUCAGACCAGAUUUCGAUUACAUAUUCAGAAACACAUCUGCAGAAGCUUGGUUCGAGGGUUUGAGGAGAGGAUGGUUCAGACCGGGAGUGAUUCCGUUGGAGCAGAAUCUCUCUAACCUUCUGAGACUCGUUCUUCUGUACAAAUACGGCGGAGUAUACUUAGACACAGACGUCAUUGUCCUGAAGAGCUUCUCCAAUCUCAGGAACGCCAUUGGAGCACAGACUGUUGAUUCAGCGACAAGAAAAUGGAGCAGACUGAACAACGCCGUGUUGAUCUUCGACAAGAAACACCCUCUCCUCAAACGGUUCAUCGAUGAAUUCUCUCAGACGUUCAAUGGCAACAAAUGGGGUCACAACGGUCCGUAUCUCGUCUCGAGAGUGGUUGCCAGAAUCAAUGCCAAGAACACAUUCAACGUCAGUGUGUUGCCUCCUUCUGCGUUUUAUCCGGUGGAUUGGAAUCGGAUCGGAGGGUUUUACAGGUCUCCGAAGAACAGAAACGAUGCGAAAUGGGUUCAUCAGAAGCUCCAGCAUAUAAGGAGAAACAGCUUCGCUGUUCAUCUUUGGAACAGAGAGAGCAGGAAGCUUAGGAUUGAAGAAGGAAGUAUCAUUCAUCAACUUUUGUCUGAUUCUUGCAUCUUUUGUAACAAAUCUUCUUUUCAUUCCAAUUAAUUUUUGGCGAAAGGUCAUGAAUUCUCUGGUCAUGAUUGUUCUUAAGUUCUAUUGCAUGCAGUUUUGGUGAUCCAUCUACUGAUAUUUGGAUAUUUCUCUUAACUAUGUUAUGUGAGGAUGUACAUACAUACAUACAUACAUACAUACAUACAUACAUACAUACAUACAUACAUACAUUGAAAAUCCCCCAAUUUCAUCAGUCGCUUCACCAGAAAGAAACCCAGACGAAUCUGAUACAAUUUGAUUGAAUUCGACUUUUCCGUCAGAUUCGACGAAAACCCAGAAGGCAAAACCGACCAAAUUCUAUCCGAUUUCAUCAAAAAUCGAAGAAGAUGGAAACAAGUUGUUGCGGCGAUUACGCGUCCGUAUCUCCGGCGAAUCUUGUCACGGCGGCGACGAUGAUGACGGCGAAGGAGGAGAAGUCGAUCACGAUGACGAUGCUCUGCGUGAUAAUUACAUAAAUCUGGUAGGGGGAGAACACGUUAGGGUUCAUCAUGUUCGGUCGGAAUUUUAAAUUUUGAUCCUCCGAGUGUUUGUAAAGCUUAAAAUUUGAUUCGGGGUGAUUAUAUAUAUUUAUUUAGUCAUUUGUGAAAAUUUUAUAUUUUUCGUGUAUUUUUUUAGUCAAAUACAAAAU